UUCAGAGGAGGCUCUUCUGAAGCUACUGCCAGUGGUCAAAGCCUCCAACAAAGCUCUGCUGACUGACUGUAACCUCUCAGAGAGAAGCUGUGCAGCUCUGUCCUCAGUUCUCAGCUCCCAGUCCUCUAGUCUGAGAGAUCUGGACCUGAGUAACAACAACCUGCAGGAUUCAGGAGUGAAGCAGCUUUCUGUUGGACUGGAGAGUCCACACUGCAGACUGGAAACUCUCAGGUUGAGUGGCUGUAACCUCUCAGAGAGAAGCUGUGCAGCUCUGUCCUCAGUUCUCAGCUCCCAGUCCUCUAGUCUGAGAGAUCUGGACCUGAGUAACAACAACCUGCAGAAUUCAGGAAUGAAGCAGCUUUCUGCUGGACUGGAGAGUUCACACUGUGGACUGGAAACUCUCAGUCUGUCAGGAUGUGUGAUCACAGAGGAAGGCUGUGCUUCUCUGGCCUCAGCUCUGAGCUCCAACCCCUCCCAUCUGAGAGAGCUGGACCUGAGCUACAAUCAUCCAGGAAACUCAGGAGAGAAGCUGUCUGCUGGACUGAAGGAUCCACACUGGAGACUGGACACUCUCAGGAUGGACCAUGGUGGACUGCAGAGACUGAAACCUGGUGUGAGGAAGUAUGCCUGUGAACUGGAACUGGAUCCAAACACAAUGAACACAAACCUCAAACUGUCUGACAACAACAGGAAGUUGACACGUGUGGAGGAGGUUCAGUCAUAUCCUGAUCAUCCAGACAGAUUUGAUUACUGGGAACAGCUGCUGUGUAGAAAUGAUCUGACUGGUCGCUGUUACUGGGAGGUUGAGUACAGAGGCAGAGUUUUUUUAUCAGUGAGUUACAGAAGAAUCAGCAGGAAAGGAGGCAGUUAUGACUGUAUGUUUGGAUGGAACAAUCAGUCCUGGAGUCUGAAGUGCUCUGAUGAUGGUUACUCUAUCUGUCACAAUAAGAGAAAAACAUCCAUCUCCUCCUCCUCCUCCUCCUCCUCCUCUGUCUCUAACAGAGUAGCAGUGUAUGUGGACUGUCCUGCUGGCACUCUGUCCUUCUACAGAGUCUCCUCUGACACACUGAUCCACCUCCACACCUUCAACACCACAUUCACUGAACCUCUGUAUGCUGGGUUUAGAGUCAGGUCUGGUUCAGUCUUUCUGCUUCCUCUGUAG